AUGUCGGCGGCGCAAGAUGAGUUCAACGAGCUCAUGAGAGACAAGGAGCGAAGGCAUGGACACCCAGAGGACGACAACGACGACGGAAGGUCCUUCUUGAACAUUUCCGACGACGAGGAUAACGCGCCGUCUGCUUCGAGAGGACACAUCGACCCAGAUGCAGAGGCUCCGCGACCUAGCACGAGCAGCUUUCGCAGCACAAUACCGACCCGGCGAUAUGGAGCGAAUACUGGCGUGAAAGGUGUGAUAUCAGACGCGCAAGACUUUCGCGAUGCGCGGCGCACGCAGAGGAUGUCACUGCAGAAUUCAACGAAUCUGUCUUCGCAAACAUAUUCACCGUCGCCGGAUGGUAGAGCACCCAUUGAAAAGCUUGAAGAGGAGGGAGAGGAUGAUCUGGAGGAGGAUGGUGAUUUCAUGCACAAGUGGAGGCAGGGUCGGCUGAGGGAGAUGCAGACCGGCACACGAGAUAGCAAGAUGCAUCUUGGAAGUGGCAUCAAUAGGAGGCUCUAUGGGGGCCUGGCUACUGUUGAUGGAGAGGGAUAUCUGGAUGCGGUGGACAACUCAGGCCCAGCAACGGUCGUGAUAGUAUACAUCUACGAUGAUUAUUCGCAAGUCAGUGAUCUCUUCGAGAGAUGUGUCCGAACACUUGCAGCCAAACACCAGGACACACGAUUCGUCAAGCUUCACUACAGGGACGCUGAGAUGGAGCCUGCUGGUGUGCCUGCGAUCAUUGCAUAUCGAGGAGGCGAUAAGUUUGCAGCGCUUGUGCCGAUCCUCGAUGAGCUUCCGGAUGAUGCUGAUCUUAGCGCGUUGACGCUGGAGACUGUGAUGAAGAGACAUCAAAUACUGUCUUGA